GCGCCCUAGCAACUGCGGCAUCAGCACGAGCAGCGUGGUGACUCGCUACGACAAAGCCACGCACGGAUCCGCUGUAACGGUCUCUCUCCGCUCUGCAAGCAACACAUCCUCCAUCCCCAGCCCUGUUAUUUGUUAUUUCCCUGAUAUUCUUCGCGCUAAUCUGCAACGUGGAUCCUCGCUAUCUGAAAUAUUUUACAUCGUUUUCAUCGGAUGAUAUAUUUUCACCAUCACGACAAAACGGACUGCUCAUCCUCAUUAUCAACAACACCGCGCGUUUCAGCGGGCAGGCUACAGCAACGCCCAUAGCAACCUCUCUAUGCGCAUCCACGAGCCAUCUGUUCAUUACUGCUUGUUUGUGUCUGUCGUCUCCGUCUCCGACAUCUCUGCUCGGCUGUCGCCCUCUCCCGGUUCCCCCCCCUGAUCCCCCCCAGUCUCGUCUCCAGAAUAGCGGCAGGUCUCAUCUCUCGCCUCGCUGCUGGGCACGUACCCUCCAUCACAAGGCCUCUUCACAGAGAGCAGCUCCUCCCACUUCCUCUGGCUCCUCCCAGCUGUGGCCCCUACUGGGCACGCUCCCUGGCUCUUACCUGAUUGGUCCCCGGCCUCAGGACGGAAGCCACGCCCACCACACUCCCUACAUGAGGGACAAGGCCACUCAGACCCCCAGGGCCUGGGCGGACGAGAGGAGACGGGGGAGCCACAAGAGAUCAGCCUCCUGCGGGAGCACCGACCAGCUCAAAGAGAUCGCUAAGUUACGACAGCAACUCCAGCGUAGUAAGCGCAGCAGCCGUCACCGCCGGGACAAGGACCGCAAGUCCCCCUUCAACGGGAGUCAUGCUGCCAUCAUCCAGUCACAGGCCCAGAUGCCCAAUAAGACCAUCUUGAUCGCCAAGCCGACGGCGCCGCGCUUCCGGAACAGUGUGGAGGGUCUCAACCAGGAGAUUGAACGCAUCAUCAUCCGUGACACGCCACAACUACGAGAUGAGGUCAUUAUUCCCCAAGAUGUCCCAGACGGACACCGCGCCCCCCCACCCCUCCCCCCCCAGCGCAGCAGCUCCACCCGAAGCAUCGACACACAGACCCCCUCAGGGGGGGGCCUCGGUGGCGGUAAGCAUAGCAACAGCAGCAGCCGGCCCGACUCCAUCUCUCCCUCCUACCUCACCAUCCUCAACGAUAUGGGAGGAGGCAGCCCCUACCCCGCAGAAGAGAAAGAACUGGGGCCCUGCUCGCCUCUCCCGAAGUAUGCAGCGUCUCCGAAGCCCAACAACAGCUACAUGUUCAAGAGGGAGCCGCCGGAGGGCUGUGAGAAGGUCAAGUUCUUUGAGGAGUCACUUCCCAGACCCCUCCAGGAGAUUCCUCCCUUCCUGUGUCCGGACCGUAACAAGGUCAACUUCAUCCCUAAGAGCGGCUCAGCCUUCUGCCUGGUCAGCAUCCUGAAGCCUCUGUUACCCGCCCCAGAGCUCAGCUUCAGAUCAGGGGUUGGCCUCCGCAGCCUGUCCCCCAGCUUGGUGCCUCUGGGUGGGGUUGGCCUGCGCAGUCUGUCCCCUUCCGUGAUGCCUCUAGGUGGGGUGGGCCUCCGUAGCAUGUCCCCUUCCCUAGGGGUAUCCUGGGGCACCAGCACGGUCCACCAGCAACCCUGCCUGCCCAGACACCUGGAGGAACCGGAGAGCUAGAGGUCCACACUUCUGCCCUGGAGGACAGACUGCUGAAUAACAGUCAGAUGAACAUAAUACCCUGCUGCUGGAGACGUCUUCGACAUGCUAACUCCCCUGGUCAUAACUGUCCCCUGGUUCUACCUGGUCAACUCCACCCACUGGUCCUACCUGGUCCCAACGUUCCACUGAUCCUAUGUACUGAGAGGAUACAGGAAAUACUUUUUAUUUUCAUCGUAUUAAACCACGAAACCACAUUUUUAAAUCGUUAUUAUGUUUCUUGAAUUAAGAUGUCUUCCAGUGUGAAGCUGUGUGGUUUCCAUGGUUAUCCAAGCUGUGUGGUUUCCAUGGUUAUCCAAGCUGUGUGGAUUCCAUGGUGAUCCAGGCUGUGCGGUUUCCGCGGUGAUCUGGGCUCAGAGAUAUCGUAGCAAAACUAAGAUUGGGGGACGAAAGAAAAACAAUAAUGUGCCUGAAGACCUGUCUCGUGGUGUCUGUCCAGUGUUCUGCUUUGUCUGCCUCCUCUCGCUCUCUCUCAUUCCCUCCCUCCUUUCCUCCCUCCCUCCCUUCAUCCCUCCCCUUUCCUCCCUUUCAUUUAAGGUUGGUUAGGGGUCAUUUAAGGUUGGUUAGGGGGUUAGGGGCCAUUUAAGGCUGAUUAGGGGUCAUUUAAGUUUGGUUAGUGGUCAUUUAAGGUUGGUUAGGGGUCAUAUAAGGUUGGUUAGGGGGUUAGGGGCCAUUUAAGGCUGGUUAGGGGUCAUUUAAUGUUGGUUAGGGGGUUAGGGGCCAUUUAAGGCUGGUUAGGGGUAAUUUAAGGUUGGUUAGGGGUCAUUUAAGGUUGGCUAGGGGGUUAGGGGUAAUUUAAGGUUGGUUAGGGGUAAUUUCAGGUUGGUUAGGGGGUUAUGAGUAAUUUAAGGUUGGUUAGUGGUCAUUUAAGGUUGGUUAGGGGCAUUUAAGGUUGGUUAGUGGUCAUUUAAGGUUGGUUAGGGGCAUUUAAGGUUGGUUAGGGGUCAUUUGAGGUUGGUUAGGGGUCAUUUAAGGCUGGUUAGGGGGUUAUGAGUAAUUUAAGGUUGGUUAGUGGUCAUUUAAGGUUGGUUAGGGGCAUUUAAGGUUGGUUAGGGGUCAUAUAAGGUUGGUUAGGGGGUUAUGAGUAAUUUAAGGUUGGUUAGUGGUCAUUUAAGGUUGGUUAGGGGCAUUUAAGGUUGGUUAGGGGGUUAGGGGCCAUUUAAGGCUGGUUAGGGGUCAUUUAAGGUUGGUUAGGGGGUUAGGGGCCAUUUAAGGCUGGUUAGGGGUAAUUUAAGGUUGGUUAGGGGUCAUUUAAGGUUGGUUAGGGGGUUAGGGGUAAUUUAAGGUUGGUUGGGGGUAAUUUCAGGUUGGUUAGGGGUCAUUUAAGGUUGGCUAGGGGGUUAGGGGUAAUUUAAGGUUGGUUAGUGGUCAUUUAAGGUUAGUUAGGGGUCAUAUAAGGUUGGUUAGGGGGUUACGGGCCAUUUAAGGCUGGUUAGGGGUCAUUUAAGGUUGGUUAGGGGGUUAGGGGCCAUUUAAGGCUGGUUAGGGGUAAUUUAAGGUUGGUUAGGGGUCAUUUAAGGUUGGCUAGGGGGUUAGGGGUAAUUUAAGGUUGGUUGGGGGUCAUUUCAGGUUGGUUAGGGGUCAUUUACAUUUACAUUUAAGUCAUUUAGCAGACGCUCUUAUCCAGAGCGACUUACAAAUUGGUGCAUUCAAAUUUAAGGUUGGCUAGGGGGUUAGGGGUAAUUUAAGGUUGGUUAUGGGUCAUUUAAGGUUGGUUAGGGGGUUAGGGGCUAUUUAAGGUUGGUUAGGGUUCAUUUAAGGUUGGUUAGGGGGUUAGGGGCUAUUUAAGGUUGGUUAGGGGUCAUUUAAGGUUGGUUAGGGGGUUAGGGGCUAUUUAAGGUUGGUUAGGGGUCAUUUAAGGUUGGUUAGGGGGUUAGGGGCUAUUUAAGGUUGGUUAGGGGUCAUUUAAGGUUGGUUAGGGGUCAUUUAAGGUUGGUUAGGGGGUUAGGGUAACUUACUUAGGGUUCGGUUACUCAACUAGAAUUAGGGCUCUAUUCAAUCUGGACGGCUGAAGCGUUACAGACCGUGUGAUAGAAAUGUAAAGGUCAUUUUCCUAUUGAGCCGACAUAUGCGGCGUUUACCGUGAAUGCAGUCUCCGCUAACACAGGAACAUCGCCUUCACAUUUCUAUCAGGUGGUAAAGUUGAACUUCAGCCAUACAGAUUGAAUAGAGCCCUUUAGGGUCGCCGGGAGUUUUGGUGGUUAUUACUAAGAGCUCAGAAUGUAUCCCGGUUAGGGCUCUAAACGCUCUACGUAACAGUACAGACUUCUAAACUACCCGUCGACUCAACAGAGAAAUGCUCUUCUGUCAAAGUAGAUGUUAAUAUUGGAGAUUAUAUUAGGUCCUGUUUUACAACCUGUAGCAGUAGAGAUGGGGUUAAAGGUCAACUUUGGACACGAAAAGACAGUCCAACUCCGCAUCUUUCCCAGUUUUCUAAACAUAAAUGGGGUGUGCCUUUGGUGGCACAUCAGUGUCAUUCUAGUCAGGUGUGCACAUGACCAACGUACAGUUGGAGUCGGAAGUUUACAAACACCUUAGCCAAAUACAUUUAAACUCAGUAUUUCACAAUUCCUAACAUUUAAUCCUAGUAAAAAGUCCCUGUCUUAGGUCAGUUAGGAUCACCACUUUAUUUUAAGAAUGUAAAAUGUCAGAAUAAUAGUAGAGAGAAUGAUAUAUUUCAGCUUUUAUUUCUUUCAUCACAUUCCCAGUGGUUCAGAAGUUUACAUACAUUCAAUUAGUAUUUGGUAGCAUUGCCAUUAAAUUGUUUAACUUUGGUCAAAUGUUUCAGGUAGCCUUCCACAAGCUCCCCACAUUAAGUUGGGUUAAUUUUGGCCCAUUCCUCCUGACAGAGCUGGUGUAACUAAGUCAGGUUUGUAGGCCUCCUUGCUCGCACACACUUUUUCAGUUCUGCACACAAAUGUUCUAUAGGAUUGAGGUCAGGGCUUUGUGAUGGCCACUCCAAUACCUUGACUUUGUUGUCCUUAAGCCAUUUUGUCACAACUUUGGAAGUAUGCUUGGAGUCAUUGUCCAUUUGGAAGACCCAUUUGCAACCAAGCUUUAACUUCCUGAUUGAUGUCUGUCUUGAGAUGUUGCUUCAAUAUAUCCACAUAAUUUUCCUACCUCAUGAUGCCAUCUAUUUUGUGAAGUGCACCAGCCCCUCCUGCAGCAAAGCACCCCCACAACAUGAUGCUGCCACCCCCGUGCUUCACGGUUGGGAAGGUGUUCUUCGGCUUGCAAGCCUCCCCCUUUUUCCUCCAAACAUAAUGAUGGUCAUUAUGGCCAAACAGUUCUAUUUUUGUUUCAUCAGAUCAGAGAACAUUUCUCCAAAAAGUACGAUCUUUGUCCCCAUGUGCAGUUGCAAACCGUAGUCUGGCUUUUUUUAUGGUGGUUUUGGAGCAGUGGCUUCUUCCUUUCUGAGUGGCCUUUCAGGUUAUGUCGAUAUAGGACUCGUUUUACUGUGGAUAUAGAUACUUUUGUACCUGUUUCCUCCAGCAUCUCCACAAGGUCCUUUGCUGUUGUUCUGGGAUUGAUUUGCACUUUUUGCACCAAAGUACGUUCAUCUCUUGGAGACAGAAUGUGUCUCCUUCCUGAGCGGUAUGACGGCAGCGUGGUCCCAUGGUGUUUAUACUUGCAUACUAUUGUUUGUACAGAUGAAAGUCGUACCUUCAGGCGUUUGGAAAUUGCUCCCAAGGAUGAACCAGACUUGUGGAGAUCUACAAUUUUUUUCCUGAGGUCUUGGCUGAUUUCUUUAGAUUUUUCCAUAAUGUCAAGCAAAGAGCCACAGAGUUUGAAGGUAGGCCUUGAAAUACACCCACAGGUACACCUCCAAUUGACUCAAAUUAUGUCAAUUAGCCUAUCCGAAGCUUCUAAAGCCAUGACAUCAUUUUCUGUGAUUUUCCAAGCUGUUUAAAGGCACAGUCAACUUAGUGUAUGUAAACUUCUGACCCACUGGAAUUGUGGUACAGUGAAUUAUAAAUGAAAUAAUCUAUCUGUAUACAAUUGUUGGAAAAAUGACUUGUGUCAUGCACAAAGUAGAUGUCCUAACCGACUUGCUAAAACUAGUUUGUUAACAAGAAAUUUGUGGAGUGGUUGAAAAAUGAGUUUUAAUGACUCCAACCUAAGUGUAUGUAAACUUCGACUUCAACUGUAGCUAGUUCAUUAGCUAAGCUAGCCACUGUAGCUAGUUUGUUAGCUAAGCUAGCCACUGUAGCUAGUUCGUUAGCUAAGCUAGCCACUGUAGCUAGUUCAUUAGCUAAGCUAGCCACUGUAGCUAGUUUGUUAGCUAAGCCAGCCACUGUAGCUAGUUUUUUAGCUAAGCUAGCCACUAUAGCUAGUUCGUUAGCUAAGCUAGCCACUGUAGCUAGUUCAUUGGCUAAGCCAUCCACUGUAGCUAGUUUGUUUGCUAAGCUAGCCACUAUAGCUAGUUCGUUAGCUAAGCUAGCCACUAUAGCUAGUUUGUUAGCUAAGCUAGCCAGUAACUCCUCCACUAUGUGUUGACAUCAUUUCACAGGAUUUGUUUUUGGAGAUCGGAAAGAAAUGGCACUUCUGUAGCCAAAUAUCUUAUUUAGCCAUUUUUUUAAAGCAAUAAAUGACCAUGUAUGAUGGUGCAUUGAUCAGUUAUACUGUUUAAAAUACAUUAUUUUUGCGCUUUUGCCCAAAAUCGACCUUCAAAUGUAUUGGCAGAGAUGUCCACCAGGGUAGACUGGAGGGGAUGGGAGGUGAGUUGGUAAUGAAAUACUCAACUUGAUGACAAAUAAAUACUUUUAAAGAAACGCACAAAUGGAAAAACAUCUCAAAUAACAGUUUAAUAAAGUUCCUUCAACAUGUCUGCUGAUAACAGCCCCGUUUCAUCCCAAGACGUUACAUACAUCUUCGUUACAUACAUCCCCGUUUCAUCCUAUGACGUUACAUACAUCCUUUAAGUGAAAUAAAAGGCAAAGUUGAAUAAAAUAAAGCAUUUGUGAUUGAUAUA